AUUUUUGCAAGGUCAGCCUCGAAUCCGGAGGGUUGGGAGACAUGUCAACCCUCCAGUGCUGACCAUCUUCUCCUCUCUCUGAAGCUCUCAAGGCGCUGUUUGUAUCGAUGUUUCAAUGAGUUCACGGCUUGUGAAACCGGCAAGAGUCCAUGCUUGGACACUUGCUGACACCUACAGCUUUAUCGCAACAUUCAUACGCCGCCAGCAUACUGACGCCAUCUCAGGCUCGAGAUCUCAACAACCCCCUCAGCAUGCCUCCGCCGCAGCCAGGCAGUCUGAGCGGCGAUAUUUCCAUGAUUACUUCGUAACCCACCUACCGGUCUCCUCUCUCCACCCGGAUUCCCGCGUGUCGGCCGGGCCACCUCACCAUCUUCCUCGCUCAGAGUCCACUCCUCACAUAAGCUCCUCUGAGGGCGCAUCUCCCGCCACCGUCCUGUCGCCUGUCGGCGUAUCGCGGGAAACUACAGUUGUACGCAUUCCCCUCCGGAGCGCGAAACAUCAUUUCGGUGCAUCCGUGUCGCGAGGGUCUCGUCCGACAAAUGAAGAUACAUAUCAAGCAGGUGUCAUUGAACUCCCAGCAUUUGCAAAGCGACCUCCGCUUUCCCUGACAAUUGGCAAGCGGUCCGGAGACAAAGAGUAUGCACAUGUGGAACACCCGGUUGCGGAAAAUGCAAUUGGCGACCCUCAAGUGUUUUACUUCGGCGUGUUCGACGGGCAUGGAGGAACGGUGUGUAGUGAGUUCUUGAGGGAUAGACUACAUGGAUAUAUUCAAGAGACUGCGAUGGCGUUUGAGCUGGGGUCCAGCAUUGGGAAGCAUGCACAGAAAAAAGCGUUGCCUCCCAGGCCUAUCCGGAACAGAGAGGCUUUUCGAGAGAGUCAGAAUGCUUACAGUCAUAGCUUUGAUGACAGAGGGCCAACAUUUGCGUCCUCGAGCCAAGCCCACGGGGGAAAUGCUAUGCUCUCCGGUGAUCUUCCGAUACUGCAACCGGGAAAUAGGUUGGCAAUCGGCAACCUUGAGAAAGCAUUAGUUACCGACUGGAGAACCUUGGUUGGCGGGUAUUUUAGACGCUUUAGGCCUGCUCAUUUCUGCUAUUUCGGGGAGGACGACCUUCACACCGACGGAUUCAAGCCUGGGCGGCACAAUCUCGGACUAGACAUGACUAUGGGCGUGCCUAUUGAAGAGGUGCUAGAAUACGCGUUUUUGAAGGCCGAUUAUGACUUUAUUAGUGCCCAAGCUUUCAAACGGGACGAUGAUUCCGCCCGCGCCGAAAGGCCGUUAAAUGAGCUCGAUAUCCUUCACAAUCCAGGACGACUGAGACAUGCCGUCGUGGGAGGAUCGACUCGGUUCAAGGGUGGAAGCACCUGCAGCAUUGCCAUGAUCUCCACCCCCACACCGGCUCCCUUUUGGCACCCUUCGGCACCAUCGUCAUUGGUGGUAUCACACGUUGGCGACACCCGAAUUUUAUUAUGCUCUACUGCUACGGGUAUCGCUAUUCCACUAACAACAGACCAUCAUCCUUCCUCUCCAGUCGAGAGUAACAGGUUGCGGCGCUAUGCCACCUCACUCGUCACAGACUCUUUUGGAGAAGAGCGCAUUAGCGGGCUGGCGAACAGCAGAGCAUUUGGGGACAUCCAGUCGAAGCGCAUCGGAAUAUCGGCAGAGCCCGAGACCAGGCGGGUCGAAAUGGGGCCCGCGGAGUAUUCGUUCAUAGUCUUGAUGUCUGAUGGAGUGAGCGGCGCUUUGUCAGACCAGGAGAUCGUGGACAUCAUCAAAGAAGCAAGAACGCCAGACGCUGGUGCUCGCGAAGUCGUCAACUUUGCGACCGAGGUAUCGAAAGAUGGCGACAAUGCAACAUGCCUGGUGGUACGAUUGGGAGGUUGGGAACGACGUCUGGAAGGGGGGCUGGGCAGUAUGGGCACAAAAGAGUCGAGAGAUUGGCGGAAACAGGAGGCUUCCGUUCCGCGAGGGCGACGAGCAUGACAAAAGCAGCUUCGCCGUUCAACUUGACCACUUUUCAAAUGGGUUUAUAGAUUUUACCCCAUAUACUCCGUACUUGGAUUGCCAUUACAUUUGUUUUUUUGUUCUUCCGCCAUGCAUACUUACGAAAUGUGUUCAUGAUUAUUUUCUUGAAUGCCUCAUUUUCUUUUCUUUCUUCCUUUUUUUUUUUUUUUUUUUACGUCCUUUUUUUCUGGCUUGGAUCCUGCAAGAUAACUCUUUUUUGUGCACUAUAUUCCUACCAAAAUUUCCUUAUAGACCGGAUACCAUUGUAUGUACAUACAUAAAAUAAUCUUUUAAUGACAAGCAUAAAUUCCGCAGAGGCA